AUGGCAAACCACCACACCGCGUUGGAGACCGAGAGCUCCCAGAUUUGCCACGACUGCAAGUCAUUCGUACACGGGAUCGCGGUCUCGUUCGGCUGCAAGGUCUGCAAACUGCCUAUUCCCGACGACGUCAUCGUGUCCGGUGACGACGCCUACCACCGCCACUGCUACAGAUGCAGGCUCUGCAAGAACAGCAUCGACGAUCUCGUCUGCGUCAAGACGAGUCGCGGAAUAUACUGCAUGCCGUGUCACAGCGAGCGUGCAGAGAAGAGGAAGCAGGCAAGGCAGCAGCGCGACUGCGACCGCGAGCGGGUGGCGUAG